CUUUAAACAAUCUAAUUUUCAGAACACAGCGAUGGCGCCGCUACGAGCCUGUGGUUUCGUGAUAUUUCGUAGGUUUUUCGGACAGGUUGAGUAUUUAUUGAUGCAGACAUCGUACGGAAUUCAUCACUGGACUCCUCCGAAAGGUCACGUGGACCCUGGCGAAACAGAUUUAGAAACCGCUUUGCGCGAGACCGAAGAAGAGGCUGGUUUGUCGCGCGAGGAUUUGAAAAUAUUUGACAACGCUAGACAAGAGCUUGUUUACAACGUUAACAAUAAACAAAAAACAGUUAUUUACUGGCUUGCCGAGCUGGUAAACAGGAAUAAGGACGCCAGACUAUCGUCCGAGCAUCAGGAAUUUCGAUGGCUUUGCCUCCAAGAAGCGUGUCGAUUGGCGGGAUACGAAGAGAUGCAAAAUACCCUGAAAUACUUCGACAGAUAUAUCGUCGAGAAUGAAUUGUAAUAAUUGACAUGUAACAAUAAAGAUUUUUCCG